AUUUUUUUUACAGUAACCAGAAAUUUAAAGCGUCAUCACAUUUGAUUUCUCAGUUUUCAACUCGAGAUUUGUUUACAGGUUUCCUUUUAGUGGUUUCCAAGUGAAGUCAGUUGUGCGGUCGAGAAACUAGAAUAGAAUAGAAAAGAAUCAAUUUUCGGUGGAAACCAUUCCAACAGGAUCUAAAACCUGUAUUUCUGCCCGUUCAUUGGUUCUCUCCUGCCGCUCGCUAUCUCGCUCGCUCGCGCACACGUGCACGACAUUAGCCACACUAACCCCGUCCCAUAUCACGCCCCUUCGACUAGCCACGCCCAGCUAGGAUGGCCCCUAAGAAGCAUAGUGGCUUCAUGAUGUUUGUGAACGAGUGGCGGGACCGCAACGCCGAGGGCCGCCGCAUGACGAUAGCGCAGGCUGUUUCGCACUGCGGCAGCAUUUGGGAGAAAAUGACGGUCCAGCAGCGGGGCCCCUACAACUCUGGGGCCAAGGACGCCGACGUGAGGGAGCGGGCCAAGACGGAACGCCUCAACUGCCACGGCCAGGCGGUGUCCCAGGUGGAACUGGCGCAACGCGAAGCGGCUGAGAGCCUGAUGCACAUGAAGCGCACCAUCGAGCGCAUCGUCAUGGACGCCAAGAGGUCCCAUGAUCUGGAGAACACCAAGUUCGUCUUCGCAGCCUUCAACUUCUUCACCAAGGCAGUGAACGCCGACAUCUACGUGCCCGCCGAGUUCGCAGCCUGCGAGUACUCGCUGAAGGAGGGCAUCAGGUCCAUCUAUAGCAGCCUGAUCGACCCCGGCCAGAUCAUUUUUGGGCAGGGCAGCGAUGCCAAGCACCACUCGUCGACCACUCACAACCUGCCGCUGCCGCCCAACGCGCUUGGGGAGAAGAACAUGGCCAAGCUGUACCGCAACAUAGUCGGCUACUUGGCCAAAUGCCAGGGAGACCAGCUCAUCGUCUUCACACCCUCCGAAAACAUUACCAUGGUAAAGUCGUGCUUUCAAUACUUGGCCUGCGAGGAUGAGGAUGACGCCCGCGACGGGGGCCAGAGGAUUCAGGUGUUUGACAUCCAGUACCUGUUGUUCAUACUGAAGAAGGAAGUCUUGGAUAUUGCCGGCUUGCCCGACGAAAGUAUCAACAAAUUCGUGACUGACGCAUUUUUCACGAAAGACUUCUUUGAAUUUACACCCGAGAUCGCAUGUCAGUUCCACGAGGAGAACGACCGCACCAAGUACUGCACCCAGAGUAUGGUGACUAGAUGGGCCUACACCUUCAGCGAUUUCAUGUGUGGCGACCUGGCCAUCACCGUCCAACCCGGAAAGCACAUACCCCCCAAAACGAAACCGAGCUACCGGAUCAUCCCUUCGGACGCCUCCUCACUCGCGCCAGACUCUUCAUUCGACUCUUUCUACUCGCUUCCAGGUUCGCGGGUCAAGAAAGAGAACCAAUCCCGCGACACGUCGCCCACUGGCAGCAGACGUUCCGUCGCAUCUAGCUCCUAUGCUCCCACUGACCACACCGCUUUCACCGCCGACUUAAACGAAGUCGGAGAAUUUCCCAGUCUCGGCGGGCGUCGUCCCACUCGCGCAGCCGGUGUUUCUGCCGAAAGGAACACAGGGGCUUGGAACUUGCCGAGGCACUCGCGCCCUCUUCAGAAGCUCUCCGACAACGACUUUAGCGUAAACGGCACUGAAAAGAAGAAUCAAAAAUAGUGCAUUUUGGUUUUGUAAACGACUUGGUUUAUGAAUCAACUCAAUUCACGUAACCGACAAUGCUUUAAAAAGCAAUAAGAAUUACAG